AUGCGGGGGCGCGUGGCCCUGGUGUUGCUGCUGGCGGCCAGGGCCUGUGCCCAGAACGCCUCCGAGGCGUGCCUGCAGGCGAUUGAGGCGCAGGAAUGGGUGUUGGAGCAGUAUACUAGCACCGACCCGCAGAUGGCUGAGCUGCUUUUGGAGGGCAUGGAGUCUAUCGCCCCCCGCCCCUUCCAGGACGUGGGCUCCUGGUUCGACAAGCAGACCUCUUGGUCCAACUACAACUUCCAGGCCCUGCUCUCCUCCGCGCCCUGGGGCGGCGCAGACUACGGGGAGGUCCAGUACGUGGCCUCCCAGAUCAACGCCGCCUGGGCCAACGUCACUGCAGAGGAUGCCACCGUGGAGAACGUGUAUGGAGCCUGGAGCGAGGCCAUGGUGGCGCAGGGCGACCGGCUGGCAGCGCUGGCGCGGGACCCUGCCACCGCCUGGCUUCCCUCCUACCGUGCGGGGGCUCUGUUUCGAGCCAUGAACUUCUAUGUCAUGUCCUUCUGGCCGUACCCGGCAGCACUGGGGGUGGAGGAGCAGCUGGGGAAGGGGCAGGAGGCGUUUGAGGAGUAUCUGGGGCUGGCGGGGCUGGACUCGACAGCGUUUGAGGUCCCUUUCAACACCGGCACAGUCACCACCUCCCUGUCAGCUGAGUUCAUCACACCCGACCCCUCCAGGGCGCUGCCCGUCAUCGUCUUCAUCCUGGGAACAGACACGCCCAAGGAGGCAAUGUACAGCUGGUACGGCCCGCCCCUGGUGCAGCAGAACUACAGCCUGCUCAUCUUCGACGGCCCCGGCCAGGGCAGUACCCCCUACAAGCCAGAGCACAUGCCGUUCUACGCCAAGGCAAGGCUCAAGCUCUCCAGCCCGCCAUGCUGCGCAUCGCCGGGAAUGAUUCAUUGGUUGGCCUUCCGCCGCGCAGCGCCCGCCCGCCUGCCAUCGGAGGAGUACACCCGGAAGGUGGUGGACACAGCGCUUGCCAACCCAGACGUGGGCCCCAAGAUGGAUGCUGGCCGCAUGGCGCUGCUGGGGUACUCCUUUGGCGGCUUCCUGGGCGGCAGGGCCUGCUCCAUGAUGGGUGACGUGUUCAAGGCGUGCGUGCUGACCCCCCCAGUGGCCUCCAUGGCCGCCAAUUACGAGAAGAUUCUUGGCAGGGAGCUGUACGCGCCCUUCCAAUACGUGCUCAAGGCCAACGCCUCGCUGGUGCCCGACCAGAUCCAGCCGCUGCUGGAGGAUCCCAUCGCCAGGAUCCUGCGCCCGCUGGUGCUGGAGUGCCCGCCCGACUCCCCCGCCCCGGACCUCUUCAACAUUCCCCUGGAGAUGGCGCAAUCCCCGCUGGACCCAGAGCUCGUGUACUCAGCGGUGGGCUACGCGGGCCAGACGUCUGCAGACCCCGCAGACGUAGUGGACGCGCAGUGGGCCGCCUACCGCAACACCUUCACCAACUUUUCCAACCCUCUAUGUUGCAAGCUAGUUCUUGCUUUACCAGACUUUAAACCCACACAAGCACAAGCAAACGCAACCAGCGUGCCGGUGUGGGGGGUGCAGGGCACAGAGGACGACCUGAUUGGGGGGCUGGAGAAGGUGUACUGGGACCAGCUGCCCGAGGCCACCAAGGCCAAGAGCCGCUUCGUGUCGUACGCCCCAGACACAGGCGCCGCGCUGCACUGCCAAAACGGCGCGCUCACCAUCUUCUUUGCCGACCUGCUCCCCUGGCUGGCGCCGCUGCUGAAGCCUGCGCCGGCGCCGGCGCCGGCCGGCGAGGCGGCGCCAGGUCCCAGCCCCUGA